CCGUAUAUGUUCUGUUGCAGGGCAUAACACGUUAAAUGCAUAGUGUCUAAUUGAAACUAGAAAUCUCUGAAGCAGUUUCCGCUAAUAGCUUCAGUCUCUCGUGCUAAUUGUCUCUAUAACUAAUAUUCUAAAGAACUAUUUUACUCCAAUUUUAAGAACACCGGCGUAUAUAUCAUCAUAAUACUUGAGGUUAUGAAAACUUAGAGCUACAAGAUUCUGUCAAGUGUGUCAGCCGGUGUAUCUCAUACGAAUCUUUUUAUGAAAAUAUAAUUAAGAGCAAUAUAAUAUAAUCUAUACACACAAUGACUACAUUAAGUGGUUUUAUGGAAUUCUUCCAAAAAGGAAAGACAUUUCGGCCAAAGAAAAAAUUUGCCCAUGGAACAUUACGUUAUUCUUUAUAUAAGCAGGCUCAAGCUUCCCUUAAUUCUGGUAUCAAUUUAAGAGCUGUAGUAAAAUUACCUCCUGGUGAAGAUUUAAAUGACUGGAUUGCUGUUCAUGUCGUUGACUUUUUUAACAGAAUAAAUCUCAUAUAUGGCACAGUAUCUGAGUAUUGUGAUUCAGCAUCUUGCCCAACAAUGAGUGGUGGAGCACGUUUUGAAUAUUUAUGGGCAGAUGGUGAAAAAUAUAAAAAACCAACAGCACUACCAGCACCACAAUAUGUGACUCUCCUUAUGGACUGGAUUGAAGCUCAAAUUAAUAAUGAGACAGUUUUUCCAGUAUCAACAGAUGUGCCAUUCCCUAAAACAUUUGUACCACUAUGUAGAAAAAUCUUGACUCGUCUGUUCAGAGUGUUUGUCCAUGUGUACAUACAUCAUUUUGAUCGCAUUGUAGCAAUAGGAGCAGAAGCACAUGUUAAUACAUGUUAUAAGCAUUUCUACUAUUUUGUAAGAGAAUUUGACUUGAUCAAUACUAAGGAGUUGGAGCCAUUAGCUGAAAUGACUGCUAAAGUUUGUAAGGAUACCGCCUCUCCUACUCAAAGUACAGCACCAUCAAACAAUCAUGCCAGGUAGUUAUUUUAUAAUUCAUUUAACAAAAUUAAUAAUUACAAGUCACAAUAAAACUACAGAAUUAUCCCGAGAAAAUAAAAUUACAUCGCUUGGCGAUAAAAUAUAGAUCCUAACAUUUUUCAAAUCAUGCAUUAUACGUGAUAGUCAUUUACUUCUGAUAUUAAUAGCACUUUAGAAACAUGAUCUUAAUAUUGUUUUAUCACUACAAUUUAAUGAUACAUCAAUUAGUUUUUUUACUAUCGACUUUUUACUUCAAUGAAGUGAUUUACGUCAUGUAUCAAGAUUUAUUUGUGCAUUUUUACUAUACUAGUAAUGGAUAAUAUGUCUUAUUCAAUUUUGUAUUGCACUUUCUUUCAUUGGAAGUAACAUUUAAGAAAAGUAAUAGGUUCAUAUCUUCAAAUAUGUAAUUUAUCAUUUAAAUACUUCAAAAAAUAGUCCCAAGAUACAUACAUGUUACUUUUCUAAAAUUUAUGUUUUAAUAUAUUUAGCAAUGUGCUUACAAGACAGUCAUAAGUGCAAUAUCUAAGAAACUUCUGUAUGUUAUGUGAUUCUAUUUAAUUACAUAUAAGAAUUAACAAGUAACAUUGAUAUUGUUUAAACUUUUAAUCUAAGAAAAUUUAUUUCAAUUUUUUUUUAUGGAACAUCAAGUAUUUAAUAUUUAGAAGAUAAUAUAUUCGUGGAUCCCAGAUACUAUGUUUUAUCUAGUUUUCUCGUUCAGUAUCUUUCUUUGUGUAUAUCAAAAUACUAUCUUAGAUAUUUAGUUUUUCAAAAGUUACUCAAGGAUAUGAGUACGUAUUUCUGACCCAAUAUGAUAUGAAUAUUAAUUACACGAGAAGUUUAAAAAAAUUAAAUUAUUAUUAAAUUAUACAUAAUCUGCGAUGCACUUACGAUUAGUACUUCAAGCAUAUGCUUACACUAAAAUAUUAGGCUCAUUUAGAUCUCUGAUAUGCAUAAUGGAAGUAGGUUUAAGGAUGCUAUUGCUCAUUGUUGCUAUAGAUUAAGUAUUUAAGCAUUUGUGUGCAAUGAUAUCAAUAUUAUAAACGAGUGAAAAAUAUCCCAAAUUUAUAUAAACACAAAGGAAAUAAUUUCUUCCUUUUUAUCAUAA